AUGGACAACCCACCCUACAGCGGCCGCGGCGGCUCCAAAACCCCUUCCCUCGUGCAAAGAUUGUCAGAAGAGUUUGAAACCUCACGAGUACCCGAAGGCUUCAUGGCCUUUUCUGGAGAUCUAGCAUCAACACUAGUCGCCCCUCACAUCCCCCGCGGCGGCGGCCGCACAGCAUCGCCCUCAGGCGAAUUCCCCACUGCCGAGCAAGUCGCCCUCGAGAAUGAGACCAAGCGAGUCCCUUCCUCCGACGAGCAGACAAUCGCCGCUGAGCCGGUCGAGUCUACCGAUAAACAUCCAACAAGGCGCCCUCUGGAGCACACAAGGUCGUUUGAUAACGGCUAUCACUUCCCGCCCAAAUACCCCAAGUCCGAAGCCACCAAGCAGGCACUGAAAUCAUUCUGGAAAUUUUUCACCACGCCGAUGGGUUUCUUUUGGACUAUUUACGGCUUGAACAUUGUUGCGUGGGGCGGCAUGUUGUUUUUGCUGCUUUGCAACGCCGCACCGGCCAUGUGUUAUCCUACCUGUGAUGAUAUCGACUCGCCGCGGAGGAAGUGGGUGGAGUGGGAUUCUCAGGUGCUGACUGGAUUGUUCUGCGUCACUGCUUUUGGGCUGGCGCCGUGGAGGUUUAGGGACUGGUAUUACUUGUUGAAGUACAGAAUCAUGGGUGAUUUCGAUGGGCUCAGGAGACUGGCGGGGAUUCACAGGAGUUGGUUCAGACUGAAGGGGUCGGAGGAGUUGGCAGUGGAUGUUGGGCCGGAGAAUAUUCCCGAGGGGGUGCCGAGGGAGGUGAUCCCGACGCCCGAGAAGAAUAUUCCCAAUGCGCCGCUGACAGGGACGAGGGCGCCUGCGACGGCGGUGUGGAAGUUGGAUUUUGUUAUUUGGUCCAUGGUGAUGAACACGUUUGCUCAGUGCGGCUUGUGCGGUGUCAUGUGGGGUAUGAAUCGCUUUGACCGGCCGAGCUGGGUGACGGGGUUUUUGGUGGCUAUUGCGUGCAUCAUAGCGAUGGUGGGCGGCUAUGUCAUGUUUUUGGAGGGGAAGAAGGUCAAGAGCAUUGAGGGGGUGCCGUGCAAUGAUAGGGAUUUGGAGAGGUUGGCGAGGGAUAAGGAGAUGGGGAUUCCGCACUGGAAUAAUAUCAAGGAUAAGAAGCCGAAGGAGAAGAAGAAGGUGAAGGAUGUGGAGAAGGCUUAA